UUCCUGUUCCUACCAAAGUUCAUUUCCGGUUUCAAGAGGUGGAUUAUGGUCCAUUUCCGCUGACCCCGCCUUCAAUCAACACGGAAGAGAGAGAGAGCAGUGUAGCCCCACAGCCGAGGGUAGCAAUGCGCUCUCAGUAACAAUGCUUUGCUGCUGUCCCAAAGAGAAGUCCACAACGUACACUGUUGGAGAAGAAGGCGAGAAGCAAGCGCCGAAAGAAGGCUCUCCACCGAAAAGCGGAGGGGACCCACCACUCAGCGCUUCCAUCCAAACGGGAAAGGGAGCUUUGUCUUCGUCCAAUCAGAACAUCCCGGCAGAGGCCCAGCUGGACAAGAGCACCGUCUCGGCGACCAAGAAGGAGAAGAGCCCCGUCACCGAACAGCCGACCUCAGCACUUGUACAGGCGGCCACUCAGAAGGCUGCUGUCGUUGAGGACACGGUCAAGGCUGAAGCUCAGUCCGCUAGUAAUAACGCCAAGCCUAAAGAGUCUGAAGAAACCACACCCCAAUCUCAAAGCUUUCUGUCAGGUGUGGUAGAGAGCGCGAAACCCAUAGCUUUAUCUCAGAUUGAGUCUCAGAUAAGUAGUAAGGAGUCUGUUCUCACGGAAGCAAAGUCUGCCGUUAGCUCGAAUCUCGGAGAACUAAAGAGUAAAGCUUCUAACAUAGAUCUCCUAAAGCCCAUCGUGUCCGGACUCGAUAAGCUAGAGCACUCUAUAGGUGAAGCCGAAGAGCGCCCUGCUAGGGAGGCAAAGCAAGCGAUACCUGGUCUGGCCUCUCAGCUAAAAGUUUUGAACUCGCAGGUCUUGUCUGCCGCUAAAGGUCCAGCCAAGAUGUCGGAUAACUUGCAGCAGGUGGUGUCCAGGUUGGAAGCCGUCGCGUCGCGGCUGGAGGGUCUGGCUCUGUCUGGUGGAAAAGGAGCAGCUGCUGGUGAUGCAGAUGCUGUGGCUCCAUCAGUCUCUGCUUAUGACGCUGACAUUAUCUCAGCGUCUCUUGCCAAAUUCAUCUCCCUGUCAAAUGACAUCGGCGGUGACGUCAAAACUCAGGCUGCCAUUGUGAAGCAAGCCUUCGAUGCUCAGCGUAGCUUUUUGGUGGUUGCGUCAAAGAGCAAGCAGCCUGACCAGAGUGUUUUGCAGCAACUGCUGAAGCCGAUGGCAACAAAGUUGGGGGAGACACAGGAAUUUCGUGAAAACAAUCGAAGAAGCGAUUUCUUCAACCAUCUGUCUGCCAUCAGCGAGUCUGUUGCUGCCUUGGGAUGGGUCACCAUUUCUCCGACCCCCGGACCGUACGUGAAGGAGAUGACCGACGCUGGCACGUUCUACAGCAACCGCGUGCUGAAGGACUUCAAGGAGAAGGACCCUCGCCAUGUGGAGUGGACGCGCUCCUGGAUCAGCACCUUGACCAACUUGCAGGCGUUCAUCAAGGAGUACCACACCACGGGACUCACCUGGAACCCCAAC